UUGAACCGAAUGUGUCAAUUUUGGGUAUCGUUAGAUUCGCAAACUAACUGUGAAGGAAGUGAUUGAACCAGAUAUGGGUCAUCGAUACGAGAAAGUUCCUCCCGAGGGUGGAUGGGGGCUGUUGGUGGGAAUUGGGAUGGCCGCCAUGUUUACCGUUUCGCUUGGGUCUCUUCCCUCGUUUGGGUUGAUGUUUGGAGAUUUCCUAACUAAUUUGGGAGAAGAAACCAGUGCCAUAGCGCUGAUCACUAGUUGCUUCUUUAGUGCGUUGAGUUUUGCGGGCCUUUUCACCAAUACGCUGAUGAAGAAAACGUCCUGUCGAACGGUGGGUUUAGUUGGAGCCGUGCUGUACGUUUGCGGAAGUUUUCUGACCGUUUUCGUGCGGUCAACCAAUGAGCUGCUGAUCUCGUUUAGUGUUUUUCAAGGAGCUGGCUUCGGACUAAUGAUCCCCGUUUCUUACACAACCUUCAACGCAUAUUUUGUCCAAAAGCGGGUGGUAAUGAUGAGCAUCUCACAGACCCUAAUCGGCCUCGGUACCAUGAUCUAUCCGAUUUUCAUUCAAAAAACUAUGGAAGCCUAUGGGUUCCGAGGUUGUAUGGCCGUGUUGGCUGCGGUCAACAGCCACACCCUAGUGGCCAUGUUGGUGAUGCAUCCGGUCGAAUGGCACAUGAAGCGGGUUAAGAUCGAACAGGAAGAACAACCGAUGGCGUUACUGGAAAAACCCUUGGCCCCAGAGUUCAUGAAGGUGUCUGCCGAAAGUGUCGCCUCCAAACUGAUGAAGGGAAAAGGAUCCCGACGGGCGUCUUCCAUCCCAGGGCUGGGCAACUGGUCCGGUCCGGUAGUGGUUAGUGAUUCAACUGAACGGGACACGAAGCCUGCCACCAAGUGGCAAGUUUUGGUGGACUUUUUGGACCUGACGCUUCUCAAAGAUCCUAUCUACGUCAACAUCGUGCUGGGGAUCUCGUUUGCUCUCUAUUCAGAUCUGGCGUUCUUUACCUUGCAGCCGAUGUAUUUGUUCAUGAUAGGAUACAAUAGGCCGGACGUUUCGCUAAUCAUUGCCAUCGGCGCCGGGGCGGAUCUGUUGUCGCGAGUCUUCCUGGCCAUUUCCAGCACAUGUUUGAACAUUAAAGCCCGCUACGUGUAUCUAGCCGGGGCGCUCUUCACCAUUCUGGCACGUUUCGCGUUUUUGUUCGUGUACGAUUUUUAUGGGAUGGCCAUCAUAACGGCCAUAAUGGGGUUCCUGCGAACCUGGAUCCAUGUUCCGCUGCCUCUUGUGUUUUCCGAGUACUUGUCCCAGAAAAGAUUUCCUUCCGGUUACGGGUUAUUUAUGUUCCUACAAGGGAACAUCACUUUCGCAGUCGGUCCCAUCGUUGGCUACAUCCGUGACGUGACCGGAAGCUAUACGAUUUCGUUCCACUGCCUGACGCUGUUCAUGGCGCUGUGCGUCGUGCCGUGGCUGUUUGAGAUCGUCUAUCUGCGGCUGAAGGAAAAGGCCCAUUCUCGGGCGCUCGGAGGGCUGGAAAGCAACGGAGGCGACCCGGACCUGGAGGGUAUCCCACGAGUGGACAUUGUUCUGGAACCGAUUGACUCUGCGGCAGGUGAUGGACGGAAGUGAAGUAAAGUGAUGAUAUAGCUACAGUAGCGGUGUAUGUGUGUGUUUCUGAUUCAACUUUUA